UAGAGCGUAGAGCUAUUCUCGCGUAAAAAUAUUAAAUUAAUCUAAAGAUUCAACAUUUGGACCAAAUUAACGAAUAUUCGUAUUUAAAUGGAACAUCCUUUAGCAGAAGUAAUGUCACAAAAGGCAACGAAUGGCAUCAAACGCACACCUGAAUCAAAAGUGACUGUUGUUCUGGGCGCACAAUGGGGCGACGAAGGGAAAGGCAAACUCGUUCAUUUGCUGACAAAUAAUGGGAAUAUCGUGUGUCGAUGCCAGGCUGGAAACAAUUCCGAUCAUCGAAUUUUUGCAAAUGGCAAUGAAUUUCACCUUCAUUUGUUGCCGAGUGGAAUCCUCCAUGAAAAUGCCACCUCACUCAUUGGAAAUGGCGUAGUCAUUCAUUUGCCCGGUUUAUUCGACGAAUUAGCCGCACUCGAGAGCAAAGCUUUGCACAACUGGGAAGAGCGUUUGAUUAUUUCGGAUCGUGCUCAUUUAGUUUUCGAUUUUCAUCAACUAGUUGACGGUUUACAAGAAGCUGAAAAGGCCGGUCAUGGCAAAUCAUUGGGCACAACGAAAAAAGGCAUCGGACCAACAUAUACCAGCAAAGCCAGUCGGAAUGGAAUUCGUGUUAGCGAAUUAGUAGGCGAUUACGACGUCUUCACUGAACGAUUUCGGUCGAUGGUAUCAUCGUAUCAGAGACAAUAUCCCAAUUUAACUGUUGAUGUUGAAGCAGAACUUAAAAAGUACAAAUUGUAUGCUGAGAAGUUGCGACCGUUGGUGAAAGAUACAAUUUCCUAUUUGCACAAGGCGUUGAAGGAUGGCCGUGGAAUACUAGCCGAAGGAGCCAAUGCGGCUAUGUUGGACAUUGACUUCGGAACUUAUCCGUACGUCACUAGCAAUAAUUGUAGUAUUGGUGGUGUUCUAACCGGUCUUGGUCUUCCACCGCAAGCUAUUGGUGAAAUAAUUGGCGUAGUCAAAACUUAUACAACUCGGGUCGGCAACGGACCGUUUCCCACCGAAGACAUGGAUGAGCUAUUGCAGACACGCGGCAGAGAAGUUGGCUUGACAACGGGACGAGUACGACGAUGUGGUUGGUUGGACUUGAUGUUAUUAAAAUAUUCUUCAGCUAUAAACGGUUACACAGCCAUUUGCCUAACGAAACUCGACAUAUUGGACGCAAUGAAGGAGAUCAAAAUCGGUGUUGCCUAUAAAUUGAAUGGCCAACAAUUGAAACAUUUUCCCGGUCUGUACACUGAUUUGAGUAAAGUGGUAGUCGAAUAUGUUACAUUACCCGGCUGGGAGCAGUCAACCAGAAAUGUGCGCAAGUUCGACGAGCUGCCAAAAAAUGCGCAGAGCUACGUACGAUUCAUUGAACAAUAUUUAGACGUUCCAGUCAGGUGGAUUAGCGUUGGCGAAAGCCAAGAAGCAGUCAUAUAUGUCGCUUGAACAAUAUAAUUUGUUACUAAUCGGAUACAGUAAAAAUGAUAAUC